AUGGUACAACUGGCCCAAAGGGCUGCCCGACGGCUGAACAAAAACGACUCGGUGAAACGACUGUCGGUGGCUGCGGUUGCGGGUCGGUGGAACUGCGGGGUCGAUGCAGCAGCUGCAGCUGCGGAACGCCGUUCGCCGGCUCGCCGCCCGACGAACGAUGUCGGUGCGGGGUGGGGCGGUGUGCUAAGACGCGUGAACGAGGGCCGCCUGCAGCGGGAUUUUAUGUUUCAACCUGGGCCGCGUACCGCGCUCUCGGUCUGGGUCGCGAGCGCCGAGCACAGAAUAUAG